AUAAGUAGAUAUAUAAUAUGUGAAGGAAGAAGGAAGAGCGGCAGUGCACCUCGGAGUCAUGGUUCUCAAGACUGAGCUCUGUCGUUUCAGUGGUGCCAAGAUAUAUCCUGGGAAGGGUAUCAGAUUUGUUCGUGCUGAUUCACAGGUUUUCAUGUUUUCAAAUUCAAAAUGUAAAAGAUACUUCCACAACAAGCUGAAACCUGCCAAGCUCACAUGGACGACAAUAUAUAGGAAGCAGCACAAGAAGGAUUUAGCACAAGAAGCUGUUAAGAAGAGGAGACGUGCCAACAAGAAGCCAUACUCAAGAUCAAUAGUUGGUGCUACACUAGAGGUCAUCCAGAAGAAGAGAAGUGAGAAACCAGAAGUCCGAUAUGCUGCUCGGGAAGCUGCACUCCGAGAAAUCAAGGAAAGGAUCAAGAAGACUAAAGAUGAGAAGAGAGCUAAGAAGGCUGAGGUGGUAGCAAAGUCACAGAAGUCUGGGAAGGGUAAUCUUUCCAAGGGAAGUGCUAUGCCAAAAGGCCCCAAGUUGGGUGGUGGUGGUGGAAAGCGCUAAGCAGUGCUGUUUUCCCCCUUCACAUCUUAUUAUCCUUGCAUAACUUAAAGCAUUAGCUUGUA